UCUCUAGCCCAGAGGCCUUUCAAAGACUUUCUUCCUGUUUCCAGGCUUAAUCCUGACAGAUGUGCUUCAUCAUCUGGAUAAAGGCAAACUUGCCCUUGCUGAGAAUUAGGUGUCCUCUCUGUUAGCAGAGUUAUGCAGAUGUCCUGGCCCUUUAACUGGGAUAUGCUUGGACCUGCUCAGUUCCUUUUCUUCUGGCAGAGAGGAAGCAGAGAUACAGUGCUUACAGCACUGAGGAAGCUAGUACCGAAGAGAGUCGAGAGUCCGCAGCAGAGAGGGUGUGAGUGUAUGGGCGAGCAAAUGCACAAAGAAGUGGGAAACCUGCCAGUUUUCCCCUGGAAAGGGAAAAGACAGAAGCUGGGGAACGUGCAAAAUCAGACUUCUGCUUGCUAUUGAUGACAGGAGUACACCCCAAAGUGGGAUGGUGCCCAAGCCUUGUUAAUUCGGCUACAAUCAAGCUGGCUAAGACUGUGGAUUGUGUGACAUUCUCCAGAAAUUGAGAACCCUUCGUUUGAUCCAAAGACCAUGCCAGGGUUGUACUGCUUGCCUUCUUGGACUGCCCUUCCCCUACAGAGCUCAUGUGUGAAGGCCUGUGCCAAUGGCUAUACCUUGGGCAUCACUGCCAACCUUACUUACAUCAAUCUGGAGCAGCAACCUGUGGAAGGAGUAUUCAUCUAUCCCUUGGAGGAGACUGAAGUGGUCUCAAGCUUUGAAGCAAAGACAGGAAACAAGACCUCCACCUUCCAGAUCCAGACCCGGCCUCCGGUGGAUGAUUGCUGCCUUGUCUGUAACAUGAAUUGCAACCAGCCACUCCGCUGCAGUAAUGGACAUUUGAUCCUUGAUGGAGACCAGGCCCGGUCUACUUUCAUCAUCAGCACAGGCCUGAUUGAGCCCUCAGCAACUCUGACUGUGUUCUUCACCAGCAGCCGGGAGCUGGCAACCCUGCCCAACGGUGGCAUGCAUGUCUUCUUCCCAUCUGUACUCACGCCUUUAGUUGUAGCCGUGCCUGAAAGUGAAAGCGAAACGGGAAGCUUGUGUGACGACAGGUUGGGCCUAUGCUCCACGAGUUGUUUUGGCUCUGCUAGUCUGAAGAGUGACCCGUCUUUUUAUACUCCUCCCAAGGAGCCUGACAUCUUCAGAGGUGACGUUUACAAUCCCUUCCCCUAUGAGUUCAGCUUCGAGAUGUUGGUUAAUGGACCCUGUUUGCUGGCAGGACUAGAAAGCCCUUCUCAUGCCCUUCGAGCUGAUGCAAAUCCUUACGCCAGUUCCGCAUCAACGAUAUGCAUUACCUUGGCAGAUAAGCACCAUUACGACAAGAAUCUGGAAAUCAUCUUGCAUCCUUCUGAACCUCAUCAUCCCCACCUAAUCAUUGAAGAUGGUGCCAUGACUUAUCAUGAAUAUGAGGCACACAUAAGGAACCGCUGGGAUUAUGCACGGAUUGCCAAGAAGGACAGCGAUGGAGAGAGACAGAUUGCCUUUGUCCAGAAGAGAUUCCACAAAGACAUUUUCUACAAUCCUGUCCUGAUGCUGAAUUUCUGCCCCAGAAUAAGCAGCGUUUCUACUGACAUUCAGACGGUGACCAGGGAGAUCUUCUUCCUCAUUGACCAGACAGGAAGCGCAAGUGGCCCCAGCAUCGAUGGGAUCAAAGAUGCUCUGCUGGUGGCCAUAAAGAGCCUUCCUUCCAGCAGCUUGUUGAAUGUGGCGGGCUUUGGCCCCAACAUCAGACCAGCCUUCAAGACGAGCAAGCCUUGUAAUAAUGACAUCCUUAGGCUGGCCUGUGAAUAUAUUCAGAAGCUACGGGCUGAUGUGAGCGGGACCAGCCUCCUUGCUGCUCUGAACUGGAGCUUGGGACAGCCUCUCCACCGCGGAUAUCCACGGCAGCUCUUUAUCUUGACGGAUUCCAGCGUAGAAAACCCAGGCAAGGUUAUUGAGCUAGUCCGGAGACAAGCAAGCACUGUCAGGUGUUUCACUUUUGGCCUGGGCUCUGCUGCCUGCCAUGAGCUCCUCAGGAGAUUGGCCAAAGUUAGCAGAGGCCAGGCAGAAUUCCUCAGCCCAGGAGAAAGAUUGCAGCCUAAGCUGAUAAAGUCCUUGAAGAAAGCCAUUGAGCCAGCUGUGAGUGACAUCACCAUUGACUGGUACGUGCCUGACACCAUGGAGGCCCUGCUGUCACCCAAUGAGAUCGCGGCCCUUUAUCCCGGAGACCGGCUCAUCAGCUACUGCACCCUCUACCACAUUGCCAGCUUCCGGGACAAGAAAGCAACAGCCAGAGAGCAAAUCUGUCGAAGUUUCUCUAGAGGAUCUGCAGGGCCAGCCUUUCCAUCCGAGGAGGAGGUAGAAGGACAGGAUGGAGCCCUCCCACCUUCAUCUGGAGAUAAUCCAGAGUGCUGCAAGGGCCUUCACGACAAUUCCCAGGAAAUAUCCACAAAGUUUUCACCUGGGGACACCGAUGAGUCCAUGAAGAGUGGAGAUCCUGUGUCUGGAGGAGACAUCUGGAAGCGGAUUUACCAGCCUUCCUACAUCCAGGAGCAAUAUGUGCUUACUCACUGCUCAGUCAGCACUGACCCUAGCCAGGGCUUAUGCCACAGCUCUACCAGCAGUGAGUCUACCGGCUCCAGAGAUGUACCUCCAGAGGAAGGCUCCUUAGCCCAGACUCUUGAAAGCCCCUCACAGCAAGGACAGAAGACUGUGUCUCUCUGCAACUCUUCCACUAAGUCUGCUCCAGUAACCCAGACUCAGACUAGGGCUGCGGCUAAGGUAUCCAUUGCCCUGAGCUCUGAAGAGUUGAUGCGUAAGAAGAAAGCCCUGGCUAAGACUGCCAUGUCUGGGCGUAGUUUCUCUUCCCCGCAUGGCGAGUUGGACUCCCGUCGGCUACGCCGAGCCCUGGAGAAAGUAUCCCAGAAACCCAAUCGGUCUCUGGAAGGGAAGUUGGAUGAGAUUGGGCCUGAGCUGCAGAAGAAGCCCCAGGCUGCUGCUGAUUCCAGCAACUUGCUGUCACCUGUCCAUCUUGACUGGGACAUGCUGUUGGAUCCCCCCUACCUUUUCAGCCCAUCACCAGCCUUGGAGCAAGGAAUGGCCGAUGGCAACUCCUUGCCUCCUCUCCAGUGCCAGGUGGUGAUACAUGCCCUCAGUGCAGGGAAGCCCGUCUCCUGGGAGGUGAUCAGUGGCCUGGAUUUCUUGUUCCUCCCCAAAGACAGCCUGGAACAUUCCCAGGGAUGGCAGCAGCAAAAUCCGGGAUUGGAGAAGUUACUUCAUCACCUGACCGCUGCUUCUGUUAUCCGGGAUAACGAGACUGUAGCUCAGAGAGAAGCAGAAGUGGAACACGGUUUCUUCCGAAGGUUCCGUCUUAAAGCUGUCCAGUCCAGCAAGGCUUGCAAUCUCCCAUCCACGUUUACCUUUGCGGUGCCUAUAGACUCUUCCACUAAGGAGACCUUGCCUUUAGCACUUCAGGUUCGCAGCCCAGACGGCGUAAACAAUCGUCAGAAAGGGUCCCGUUUAUUCAAUCAGCGUCAUCAGAGUUACUCGCUAAGCCUGGGGCAGAGGCAGGAUUCACAGGACUUGGAUGACGCUCUUGUUCCUGCAGAACAAGAAGUUCCUCCUUCGCCAGUCAGUGUUUCUUCAGCCACACAAGCCAGGCCGAGCUGUCCUAGUGGACCCAGCUCCAGUCCUUCUCCUGUCUCUGAAGGCUCUUUGAAGUCAAUUGAGAGUUUCCUAGGCCGCAGACUCAGUGGCCAGUGGAGACGCCACGGCUUAGCUUUACGCCCACAGUGCCUGAGCCCAGAAAGCGAGCUGUCCUCAGGUUGCGACAGUGCCAUUCACGACUACCUCCCCCUGGUGCAGCUGCAGCAAGCCCCAGGCCUGGUCCACCUGAACGAGGCCUUCUCGGAAGCGGUGCAGAUCCCCCUGGACCGCUUGUGCCGGGCCUCCCCUUAUCCCUCCCACCGGGCCAGCCUGAGCCCUGCCUCCAGCACCUCUCCGUGGGCUUUGAUCGCCAAGAAUGCCCCAAAGCCACCAGCAAAGCAGCCUCCCCCGGAAGCCGACGAAGUGGGAGUCAAAGCACAGGGGAUGGAGCCGGAUUCCCCACACUCGCCCAGCACCUGCUCAGACGUUCUGAGCGCCGUCGUGUGGGCCCAGGCGGACAGCGGCCGGGGCUCGGAAACCGACGUCUGCGACCAUUCGCCGGACGCUUCGGAAGCCAGCCUCAGCCUGCAGGAGGCCGGGUGGGAGGCCGAGGAGGGCGAUUUAGAGAGCACGAGCUGGGCCACCGCCGUGGCCCUGGCCUGGCUGGAGCAUCGUAGCGCCGGCUUUUUUGUGGAAUGGGAGCUGCUGGCAGCCAAAGCGGAUUCCUGGCUGCGUGGGCAGCCGCUGCCCGAAGGCCUGGACGUGGCUGCUUUGAAAGGAGCAGCCCGCCAGCUUUUCCUGCUGCUCCGCCACUGGGACGAGAAUAUCAAGCUGAACAUGUUGUGCUACAACCCGAAUGACGUGUGACGAGCAGGCGAGGCCAAUAAAGAUGGUUCUGGAAUCCAGAGUCUGUAUUGCCGACGAGGUUCUUUCAACCGGCUGGGGGAAAAAAAUUACGAUUUUGCUGAUGGUGGAGAGCUUCAAAAAAAAACAACCACCCAAGACUGUAUGGCCAUUCCCACUCUGUCUGCCGCGUUGCUAAAGGUGUAUAAUCAAGGUACAGAUAGUCCUCGACUUACGGCCACCAUUGACCCCAUUUCCAUCGCUAAGUGAGACCCUGGUUAAGUGAGUUUUGCCCCAUUUUACGACCUUCCUUGCCACCGUUGUUAAGUGAAUCAC